AUGGCAUUGUCUUCCACCUUUAUUUUCAGAGUGAAACGGUGUGAACCUGAACUGGUGGUGCCGGCAAAACCUACGCCGCGUGAAAUAAAGAAACUCUCCAACAUAGAUGAUCAAGAAGGUUUUAGGUUUAAUUUUCCCGGGAUGUUUUUCUACAAAAAUAGUGCGUUGAUGAUAGGGAAAGAUCCAGUUGGAGUCAUUCGAGAAGGAGUUGCUAAAGCACUGGUCUAUUACUACCCUUUAGCUGGUAGGAUUGUGGAAGGAGCAGAGAGAAGACUUGUGGUUGAUUGCAGUGGGGAAGGGGUGUUGUUUGUAGAGGCUGAUGCAUACAUCAUGAUCGAGCAGCUUGGUGACAGCAUAUUGCCACCAUGUCCGUUGAAAGAAGAACUUCUUCACAAUGUACCUGGUUCUGAAGGUAUCAUUGGCUGCCCUCUUUUGCUGAUUCAAGUAACCCGAUUCAUCUGUGGUGGAUUUGCCUUGGGAAUCAGGAUCAACCACACUAUCGCAGAUGGCUAUGGGAUAAUGCAAUUUCUAAAUGCUAUUACUGAAUUUGUGAAAGGUGCUUCUGCACCUUCUAUUCCACCCAUAUGGCAAAGAGAACAAUAUUUUACUGCAAGAUCACCCCCAAGAAUUACGUGCGCACACAAUGAGUAUGAACAAAUACUAUACAACAAAUCAUCGACAAACGUUGUUGAUUCAGAAAACUUGCUUCGAACAGCGAUUUUCUUUGGUCCUAAGGAGAUACAGGUCCUUCGUAAUCAUCUGUUGGAAAAAUUUAAACGGUAUUCAAGAUUCGAUCUCAUCACGGCAUGCUUGUGGAAAUGCCGCACAAUUGCACUUAACCCACCCAAUCCAGACGAGAUAGUUCGUCUUUCAGUCAUGAUGACUGCACGUGGCAUAUCAGGCCUAAGUUUACCAACCGGAUACUACGGAAAUGCAUUCACUUUUCCGGCGGCUGUAUCCACCUCCAGAAUUCUAUGCACAAGUCCAUUAUCAUAUGCAGUACAUCUGAUUCAAAAUGCAAAGGCUCAAAUGAGCGAGGAGUACGUUAAAUCAGUUUCAGAUCUUAUGGUGAUUAAGAAACGACCCAAAUAUAUAGCAAGCUGGAAUUUGAUCGUCCCGGACUUCACCCAUCAAGGUUUUGAUAAGGUUGAUUUUGGGUGGGGUAAUCCGAUUUACGGUGGAAUUCCUUUCGCCACUUCAGAUUUUGGUGUUUACACGAAUUUCAAGAGCAGUAAGGGAGAAUAUGGAGUUGUAAUAUCCUUAUUCUUGCCACCUUUGGCUGUGGAAAAAUUCAAAUACGAGGUUAAGAAGAUGACUAAUAUCGACGUGGCGGAGCAGAGGGUGCAUUCCGGUGGUGAUUGA